UUCCUCCUGAGCUUUAAAAGUGGUGAGCAAGCUAGCGAGCCUCACGUCAGCCACCCACUAAAACACAUUUGGAACGUUUUAAAAAAAGAAGUGACCUGCCGCAAACUAGGGGGAGGUCUCAGGAUGGUCGUCUUUGCUUGAUGUCAUUUGGCCGGCCGCGGCUCCUGCACUUCCGACCGACCGACCGACCGACAGACAGACAGAGUAGCGGCUGCCACGCGCAGCUGGAUGUGACAGGUUCGCCAUCAGAUUGCUGAUUGAAAGUUCCUUGUGAAACAGCAUCACUGCUUGAUGAUCCCUGGAUAGUUUUGAAGCGUUCCUGAGUCCACCUGCAUCGCAAUAGGACACUCAGACACAACGGUUGUUUUAACCCUAUAAACGUGUUCCUGUUCCCCGACAUUGAUUCAUAUAUUUUUGGACAUUUUGGAGACAUUGGGAAAACAAGUUGAACUCAUCUCAGAACAUGCUUUGUCUUCUUUGCCUGAGGUUUCCCUUGAAUAUUGCUGAAUGAUGAAUAAUUCACCAUUUAAUUGACAAAUACCACAACAGGAGUGCAGUCACAUGCUCUGCUCACACACACUUUGCCACUCCAUGAACUUCACUUCACUGUCUACAAAGACCAAUCAGAUCCACUGAGCAAAAGAUAAUUUUUAGCUGCAACUUCCAUCGCUUAUUUUCUUUUUUCCCCUGGAUUCCACUGUAACUGCUCUUCAGAGGACAGGCCACCUCCAAAAACUGAGCAGCUUUGCUCCAACUGAGCCAGCGGCACAGACAUGGCUCUGAAUAUUGCCUCCAUACGUGACACAAAAUGGCUGACCCUGGAAGUGUGUCGGCAGUUUCAGAGGGGGACUUGCUCACGCAGUGAUGAAGAGUGCAAAUUCGCCCACCCAUCUAAAAGCUGCCAGGUGGAAAAUGGGAGAGUGAUUGCAUGUUUUGACUCUUUAAAGGGCCGCUGCACGCGGGAGAACUGCAAGUACCUACACCCGCCCGCUCACUUGAAGACCCAGCUGGAGAUCAAUGGGCGCAAUAACCUGAUCCAGCAGAAGACAGCGGCUGCCAUGUUGGCCCAUCAGAUGCAAUUUAUGAUUCCCGGCACCACCAUGCAACCUGUGCAGACAUUUCCAGUGAGCCAGGGUCUAGGCUCCACUGCAGCUUUGAGUUACACACCAUACCUGACCCCCAUGUCGCACAGCAUGGGCCUGGUACCCACAGACAUCCUGCCCAGCACCCCCGUGAUCGUCCCAGGCAGCCCUCCUGCGUCAUUGGCCACUGCCACCUCCGCCAACCAAAAACUGUUGCGAACAGACAAGCUGGAGGUCUGUCGUGAGUUCCAGCGGGGCAAUUGUGCUCGCGGAGAGACCGACUGCCGAUUUGCCCACCCAUGUGACAGCCCAAUGAUUGACACCAGUGACAACACAGUCACCGUCUGCAUGGACUACAUCAAGAGCCGUUGCUCCCGGGAGAAGUGCAAGUACUUCCACCCGCCGGCCCAUCUACAGGCAAAGAUCAAGGCCACCCAACACCAGGCCAACCAGACGGCAGUAGCCGCGCAAGCCGCUGCGACAACAGCAGCCAUGACUCAGUCGACUGCCAAAGCAAUGAAGCGACCCCUCGAGGCAACUGUAGACCUGGUGUUUCCCCACAGCGUCCUUCAGCCACUACCAAAGAGAGCGGCACUGGAGAAGAGCAACGGUGCGAGCUCCCUAUUUAACCCCAGCGUCUUGCACUACCAGCAGGCACUGGCCAGUGCACAGCUCCAACAACCCACUUUCUUUCCCACAGGGUCAGUCCUGUGCAUGACACCUGCUAGCAGUCUUGUCCCAAUGAUGUACAGUGCUACGCCUGCUACUGUCUCUGCAGCAACAACUCCGGCCACAAGUGUCCCCUACGCAGCAACAGCCCAAGCCAAUCAGAUCAUCCUGAAGUAAGAGCCACAAAAGGACCAGCGCAUGAAGGAGCUGCACUAGGAAACCCAAAACUGCCCGUGUGUAAAUACUAUCUUACCUCUCCCUUAGAGGUCCAGCAACCUGCAUGCUAAGAGUGUAACACUUAACUGCACUUACUGCAGUGUCAGCUUAACACACACGCACUAUAUAGAGUGUAUGUAUUUUUAGAAAAAGCGACUAGAAGAGUCAAAGAUAUUGGUAAUUUAUUGUCGUACACAGAAUCGAAACACCACAGUGGUAAUUUAAACCCUUUUUAAUUUUUACACAAUUUCUGUCCUUGGUUAGUAAAUAAAAACAAUAUACUUGAUUUGCACUAUGAUAUAUGGUGCGCUCUAUUGUAGUGAAAGACAGGAAGUCCCAGAAAACCUGUGAGUAACCACACUGACACACUUUGAUGGCCUCAAGUGUUUUUGUCCAGUGGAAUUAGUGUCGCUCUCCUCAGCAGUAAAUGUGGCAGCUCAUAGGGGUCCCCGCCCAUACUGUAUUUGCCCCAGAUGCCGUAUUCAAGAAUGACCUGCAUCGUAUAAACCCUUGAAGCAUUUUGCCAAAGUCCAACCUGGAGAAGAUGUUUUUCUUCCAUUUCCCAAAGCUGCUUGGAACACCACCAACAACACAGCGUUGACUUAUGGAGGUGCUGCCUUCUUCAACUGCAUUUGGCUGGGGGUGGGGUGAAGGGGGGGGGGGAUAGAGGGGACAGACGUCGAUCAGCCCGGGGGUUGAUGGGGUUUAGUUCCAGACAUACAGUACCAAGCCAUGUGUGUGCAUGAGAACAGAUAGUCUGCCGGCAGACAUGGGAGCUUAGUGGAGUUAAUGACAGUGACUGCAACACCGUCACGUGUCUUGGUGGGCUUUUUAAGUGCUAAACCAAACGGUGCAUUUGGCAGUGCUGGAGACUUGAACUCAGAGGGCGACCGGCAUCUGACUCCACCGUUGCCUGCAAUUCGGUUUCAUCUUAAAAAAAACUGUAGAAGUGCCUAAACAUGCUCACCUACCACAUCCCCAGUGAAUCACGGCCAGUCGCAGAAAAGCUGGCGUCACCUUUGGCGGGGAAAAAAAACUUUUUCUUUUCUACCAACUGUCCAUUGACAUCACAAGUGUCUUUCUGGAACUCCAACUAGCUUUCACGACGUACCAUCGGUUUACAAGAGGAUAAUGAGUGAGGAUGAAAAAAACUUGUUUGUCAUGUAUAUAUGUAGUUUAUAUUCUGAUUAAGGAAUUGUGUUUAAAGUUUGUGCUAUGUGUGCUAGUAUGUUUGGACCCCAAGUCCACCUGCACUUCAAGUAAGUCAAAAUCAUGAAAUGUUCUUGUUGGUUUUUUUAAACCAAUUGGCAUAUUUCAUCUUUUUUUUUUUUUAAUUAAAACAUAAUUUCAUUUGUAUUUGUUUUAGCCUAAAACAAAUGUAAUCUCACGGUGCUUGAUUACCAUUGACAAUCCACAAACCUUGGGUUUCAUUCUCCUUGAUUUGUCUUCAUGCAUUUUGUUGUGUGCGUGUGCAUUUUUAAUUUGUUACAGGGGGUGUAAAAGUUUCUAUUUUGUUGUAAUUUAUGUUCUUGUUAAUUGCUAUGUUGUAGACACAUUUGAAAUGAAUGUAACUUAUUGAGCUGUGCCACGCAGUGCAUAGUCGGUGAUGUGGAGGUGGAAGCUUCCAAGUCCAUUCAUAGACUGCUGGAAGCUACUGGACCUUUAUGGCCUUCUUGCUGGAAAGAGGAAAAAAAGAACAGUGUUGCAGAAGUGAGAGUAGUAAUAGAGUUGCUUGUGUUGGAGAAAAAACAUGUGUAAUGUAUAGAUGACAUUUUACCAAAAAAGAAAAAAAAAAGAGAAAAAAUUAAAGAUGUGCUAGGAUUUCAUAACAAUAUUAAGUUGUUGCUGUGGCAACCAAAUGUUGCAGUUACUAAAGUUUGGUAUUUUUGUAAAAGACAUUGUUUAGUUGACCUUUUUUUCCUGGAACACUGUACACAAAGUAGAUUGUAAAGAUUAACAUUUCUUAUUCUUCACUGAGAUUGUAACAGUGAACUAAUAUAUACACUAGAAAACAACAGCCACUGUAGAGCUGUGACACUCACUAAGACUGAAUCAGCAUAUGAAUAUAUAAAUAUGUACACACAAUGUCUAAAUAAUCUAUAAAUGAAAUCUUCAUGAUUUAGCCUGAAAAGGACCUUCAGGCUCCACACUGAGCUGUUUAAUUCAGUGUAACACAAGAGUUGAGGAUUGCACUUUUCACACUGUUUAAAUGUUAUUUCCUGUCAACUCGACAAGAGAGAUUUAAUUGCAACAGUCAUGUUGCAUGGGGGAUGAUGUAUUUUCAACUGAAUGUAGUUUGGGGGCGGGGGGGCAUUGUUGCACAUGAGACAUCCUUGUUUUUACCCACAAAGUCCUUGACGUGUAUUGUAAGCAUAGACGGUGGAUGGUAAAAGGAGGCUUACGCAAGAACUUUCUGAAUUGUUGGUCCCCUGAGUAGACUCGGCGUAUCCAAACUCAUUGCCUUAUCACUUGUCCACUAUGUGUGCAUCUUUUUUUUUCUUUGUAAAACAAUUUGUAGAGACGUUCUCUUCUGAAGCCUCUUAGUACUUUCAUUUCGAAUAAAGGAAUGAUUACUGCUAUCUGAAGCCAUGUUUAUUCAGUGGAGGCCAAAAGGCCUCGCGACAACGGAGGAAACUGUUAUGGAUGUGGAACUUGAUGACCCCGGUGUGAUAAAGGUGUAAUUUGCAGCUUUGACCAACAGAAGGCGCCACACGGGAGACGAAUAGUUACUCAGUCAUCCUUGCUGCUGUGCGCCCAACAAAACAGGACAAACGGAAUAUACAUCUAAUAGUUUUGCUGUAAUCUAUUUUUUUUUUUUUUUUUUUGAGAAAUGUAUUCUUUGUAUUACGUUCUAAUAGUCAAAUGUGCUUUGGUUCCAGCGAGGUAGUGUCAAAUCUAUUGAAAGAAAUAAAGAAAAUCUAAUAAA